CGCGGGGUGCGUGCGCGGCGGGGGGUCCGCCGCCAACUGCGCGUACGUGCUCAGCGUGUUCGACCAGGCGGCCAAGGCCACCGCCGUGCUGCUCGCGCUCAUGGCCGUCGCCGUCGUCCUCGUCCUCGUCCUCGUGGUCCUGCGCCGCUGGAGGUCCGGCGUCGCGACGAACCCGUGGAGCAUCUGUGGCGCCGCGGCGUUGGCGCUGAACCCGGAGCUGAGGCGCUUGCUUAUCGGUGCUGGUGCUGGUGGUGGGAGUGGUAUUGGAGACGAGGCGGCGGGCGUGCCGAAGGGGAUGCUGGAGUCGGUGCUGGCGGAGCGGCGGUUCAAGCUGGGGUAUUUUUACGGCCCGAACGGGACGGUCGAGUACGGGAUCAUGCUCCAUGGGAAGCUGCCGAGGGGGAAUCGGGAGAGCUUCCUCUCGGACCAGUAUGAUGAUCUCAAGGACCCGCUGAACCAGCCUGCGCGCACGGAGCCGAAGCAGCACUUGCCGUUCCUGAUGCUCGGGAUUGCGGGACGCGUAGUGUUCUUGUUUCUGUUGUGCGGCCUUUUGGCUUUGAUACUGACGUACGCCAACACGGGGGGCAAAACGGCGUUUGAGGAUUUCAUGGACAGCGAGUCGUUUGGUGUGCGGUUCCUUUUUACCAGCGUCGGUGUCAUCAUCAGCUUUUUCUGGGCCGGGUUCUUUGGCAGCAUCGCAACCCUAAGCCCCUACCAACUCCUCGCCAAAUCGCCCCAAAAAGCUCACCGCUCGAUCCUCCUCGCGCCCCCCACCAACGCCUUCUCUGGCCUCUGGUCCGCGAUCCGCCGCCGCGACCUCUUCCUCGCCAUCGUCGCCUUCACCUCGAUCCUCUCCGAGUUCCUCACGGUGGCACUGAGCAACAUCCCCUUCCGCGUGACGCAGACCUUCCUCGCGCACACCGUGUGCAUGUGGCUCGCCGUGUCGAUCCUGUGCGUCAUGGUGCUCGUCGUGCUCGCCUCCUUCUUCCUCCUCGCCGCCUGGCCCCACAUGCCCGUCGACCCGGGCACCAUCGCGGGCGCCAUGUACUACGUCUGCGACUCGUGGAUGCUGGUCCGGAUGGAGGGCUUGAGCACGCUGAAGCGGAGGGAUCGGGAUUGGCGCGUUAAUCAGAUGGGGCUUAGGUACGAGUUUGGCGAGAUCAGGGGCGCGGACUCGGGCGUUGUGAGGGUGGGGGUGGAUGCGUCGACGGCGUCGAUGGCGGCGGCGAAGGGGACGAGUUGGGCGCUGUGAGUGAGUAAAGGACUGUAUAACUGUAUAGAUGUAGAUACCAUUUUCAUUUAAGCUGGGUAGCUUGCACAACAUAAUGUCAAAUAAUCAAACAUAUCCUGUGCUGUUAUGUUCGUCUUGGAAUAUUAGGUAGGCAUGCGACGUUACUAUCACGCACCUACCUGCCGCUCUAUAACCACACCCAGGUACCCGCCAGCCUUGAUCCCGAAACAUGAUCAGUACCUAGUACAUAGUUACCUAUGCUCGUUUCGCCUAAUACGAUACAAGGUGCCAUAAUACCUAAUAUUGAAACCUAUAUCCCAGGUACCUAUCUAACUAAAGCUCCUACAAGAACGAUGCCUCAGCAGGUGAGAUGCAAAAGCACCAUACCUUGUUCGAGCCCCCAAGGCGAGCUAGAGCGUCGUGCCUAGGUCCAGUCAG